AUGGGCAAUCUUUCCCUCUUUUUUUGCCUAUACGGAUCUAAUUGGUUGGACCCUGCUCACUGCAACUCUUCCCGUUCUCGUGCAAUGGGGUUUCUUACCACACUCCCAUCAAUAUGGCGUGCACUCCAGUGCCUUCGCCGUUAUCGAGAUACGAACAAUCUAUUCCCGCAUGUUGUCAAUUUUGGGAAAUAUAGUUGCUCCAUUCUCUACUAUAUGACCCUCAGUCUAUACCGCAUCAAGAGGGUUGAAAGUUUACAUGCUCUUUUCAUAUCUUUUGCCCUUAUUAAUGCAAUUUACACCUCUGUCUGGGAUGUUGCCAUGGACUGGAGUCUUGGGAAUCCGUUCUCAAAGCAUCCAUACCUACGAGAUUUUCUCGGUUUCAGGAGACGAUGGAUUUAUUACGCAGCAAUGAUUAUCGAUCCUAUUCUCCGGUUCAACUGGAUUUUCUACGCCAUUUUUAUUCAUGACUUGCAACAUUCCGCAAUCCUCAGCUUUCUCGUGUCUCUAUCCGAAGUCUUCCGGAGAGGAAUUUGGUCUAUCUUCCGAGUCGAAAACGAGCAUUGCACCAACGUGGGCAGAUUUCGAGCGUUUAGAGACGUGCCUCUACCAUACGAUCUACCUAGCGAGUCCUCCACUGAUGAAAAUCAACCCGGCGAGCACCCGUCUCCUCAGCCAGAGGUUCGACCCCUUCCCAUCGUCCAUCUCGCCCCUUCACACCAAAGUACCAGCGUCGACGUCGAACAUACUGCCGCAGAAGCUACGCCUAGCACCGUCCGGCGUCGUCGCAGUUCUCACCGCCCGGAGACUCCGACGAUCCCAAGCGGCACGCUGGCGCGGGUUGGUACGAUGCUGGCAAAUGCGCACGCGGAAGAUUUUGAGCGGAGACGGAGGCCGGCGGUGGUAGGGAAGAGUCACGAGGAGCUGGCACGACAUAGCAUGCACGAGAAUGCGGGGCUGGGAAGGGAUAGUAGUACAGAGGAAGAGGAGAGUGACAGGAGUGAGACAGAGGGGGCAGGAGAUGGCGAAUCGGACCUUUCGUUGAGGUUGAGCAGCGGAAGUGGGUGUGACGAUGAGGAUGAUGAUCGCGUGGCGAAGAAAUGA